GGAGGGGGACUAGAAUGGAGCGCUCGCCAACGGCCGACGUUCCAGGCCGGCCCACCCCGCGCAGCCGCAUCCAAUCACAAAUCUUAGGGGUGGAGAUGGUCCAAUCAGGUCCAGUCAGGAGGCGGGGACGCCGGCGCUCCACUUGAAAUGAUAGAGGCGGUGAAAAGCAAGGCCGUCUCUUUUUCCAACGAAGACAAAUCGCAAGCCAUACACAGGCGAGUGACUGUCGAGAAGGCCAAUUAGAUCCUCCAAAGGGAACCUGACCCGGCCUCUUCUCUGAGGGACGGCUCUAUCUACCAAUAGCAUGGGCGAGAAGGCGGUCCCUUCACUAAGAAGGAGGCGGGUGAGCUAGAACUUUGAGACCGACGUAAAGAAUGUGAGCGCUGCGUGUUGGGCAGGCUGGAAGGAGUAGAGGGACUGCAGUAGCGUGUGCGAGCUGGACAUGUUAGGGAGCGAGCCUGCUGUGGUGGCAGCAGGCAGAUUGUGGGUAUAGGGGGAGCUGGAGGCAAGACGAUAUCUGAGGCCAGUGAACAGGGGGUCGUUGCAACCGCAGGGACCAUGAAUGUCAUAUCAGCUGCAGAGGCCGAGGCCCGGAGACAGUCUCCGGAGGCUGGGCGGACAGGCGGCUUCCCAGGGACCGGGGAUGCCCAGCUCAACUCCUGGAGGGAGGGUUACGGGAGACCAGGAGAUCCUCGAAAAUAACCGCCCGAUCUGCCCCCUUGCCCAAAGAAGUACGCCUGGGCAAAUUGUGAUGAUCAGACCUGGGGGCUUAGUCUAGAAGGGACCUCAUCUAGAAGAGGACCGCCGUUUCACAAACGAGGAAAGUGAGACAGAGGGAAGAGCUGUCAAGAGCAAACAGCAAGUUAUCGACAGCUCGUUCUAGAGGCCAGGCUUCCUUCCCCCUGCAUCAACUUUUGCAGUGGGCUUUUUUCUGUUCGCAUCCUCUUCUUUGUCUCCCGAAGUGAAACUGAGUGGAUAAAGGGGACCCAAAUACAAGAGGAAGUUACCGAUUCUUGCUCCGUCCACGGAGAGUCUUAACAUCCUGUUAAGUGGCAUAAGAACCCAAUAUAGUCCAUUUAAUUGGUUAAUAGCUACCUAGCCACAAAUAGCUCAAGGUUCUUUCCCAUAAGUCACAUCUCAGAUGCUGACAUUCCAGAACAUUUAUUGAGUUAUUAAAAUUCCAUCCCAGGUGUCCCAAACUAGCUGUUUACUAGGCCCCCUGAAUAAGGGAGUUUGAUUGGCUGGCUGACAGUCUGUUCACCAGCAGAGUAAACGAAUGAGUCUAUAGUACUGUGCAGCUGAGGGCUGGUUGUCCAGGCCUGGAUUCCUUGGAGUUCCGGGAAGAUCCAGAUAUUCCUUGGUUGGACUGGUGCAGAUCCUCUGCCCCCACAGGGACAGACACAGGCCCCACUCCUGCUGUUUCUCAUCCGUGUCCCCCACCUGUCCCCUAAGACUAAGUGAACACCUUAGACUCUGGGAGAAAUCCUACGCUUUCAGAGUAAACCUGUCCCUUCCUUCCACCUAAUAGGCUGCCCUUUCUAUGUGCAGUCAUGUUAUUGUCCCUGGAAAACUGUCCGCCUUUGGAUGUGUUUCAUGAGGCUGGAAAGCAUGAGCUCAGUUGUACCCACUUUCAUCUCAUGUGUGCUUUCAUGAGAUAGGUGCUCUAGUUAGCAGGGUCACCUUCCCCCUCACCUGUCAAACUGAGUUUAAACUUUUUUUUUUAUUUGAGUUUAUAUCUUUGAGGUAAAGAUCCCGUGGAGGCUCUGGCCUGCUGAGAUGUGAAGAAUUCACCAGGGUUUCUCUACAGAAUUAGUGCUAAAAAGGCAUCAAGUGGAAAAACUUCCCACUACUCCCUGAAAGGCCUCAUCUACCAGUAGUUCAGACUUUAUUUCUCCUGUCACAUGCAUAUUCCCUAAGCCACUGGGUGGCUAGAACUGCACUUGAACCAAGGAGCUAAGAGAAAAUCCCGGGCAAGGUUGGGGAAAAUAGGUCACAGUGGCUGGGUGGUGAGGUCACAGAGAGGUUUGUCUACCCCAGACUCCAUGCGGGAGGGGCCUAGGAGGCAGAGGGGCCCCAGAGGUCCCCCAAGCCCAGGCAGGGGACAUGGUGUGGGAAAGGCAGCAGGGACGGGGGAGGGAGCAGAGUACGAGGGGCCAAGGGGCCCGGAGAGAUGAGGGCAGGAGCAGGGAGGGGGCAGUCAGGAUGGUGAGGAGAAGCCGGAGACGGAAGCUGCAAAAGUUCACCGGGCUGUGCGGACGGGAGGGGCUCAGGGUGAAGUGGAGCUGCCCUUCGUGUGGCCCAGAGCCUGGGGGUGAAGAGAAGAAGGGGAGAGGAAACCCUAUUUCUGUUCAGUUGUUUCCCCCAGAGCUGGUGGAGCACAUCGUCUCCUUCCUCCCAGUCAGAGAUGUGGUCGCUCUCAGCCAGACCUGCCACUACUUCCAUGAAGUGUGCGACGCUGAGGGCGUGUGGAGACGCAUCUGUCGCCGGCUCAGUCCUCGUCUUCGAGAGCAGGGUUCCGGGGUCCGGCCCUGGAAGAGAGCUGCCAUUCUGAACUACACGAAGGGCCUGUAUUUCCAGGCAUUCGGAGGCCGCCGCCGCUGUCUCAGCAAGAGUGUAGCCCCCUUGCUGGCCCAUGGCUACCGCCGCUUCUUGCCCACCAAGGACCACAUCUUCAUUCUUGACUACGCGGGGACCCUCUUCUUCCUCAAAAAUGCCCUGGUCUCCUCCACCCUAGGCCAGAUCCAGUGGAAGCGGGCCUGCCGCUAUGUUGUGCUGUGUCGCGGAGCCAAGGAUUUUGCCUCGGACCCAAGAUGUGACACCGUUUACCGUAAAUACCUCUACGUGUUGGCCACUCGGGAGCAGCCGGGAGUGGUGGGCUCGACCGGCAGCCGGACCUGCGACUGUGUCGAGGUCUACCUGCAGUCCAGUGGGCAGCGGGUCUUCAAGAUGACCUUCCACCACUCCAUGAGCUUCAAACAGAUUGUGCUGGUUGGUCAGGAGACCCAGCGGGCUCUGCUGCUCCUCACAGAGGAAGGAAAGAUCUACUCUUUGGUAGUGAAUGAAACCCAGCUGGACCAGCCACGCUCCUACACAGUCCAGCUGGCCCUGAGGAAGGUGUCCCGCUGCCUCCCGCACCUGCGCGUGGCCUGCAUGGCUUCCAACCAGAGCAGUACUCUCUACAUCACAGACCAGGGGGGAGUGUAUUUUGAGGUGCAUACCCCAGGGGUGUAUCGUGAUCUCUUUGGGACCCUUCAAGCCUUUGACCCCCUGGACCAGCAGAUGCCGCUGGCGCUCUCACUGCCUGCCAAGAUCCUAUUCUGUGCUCUUGGUUACAAUCACCUUGGCCUGGUGGAUGAAUUUGGCCGAAUCUUUAUGCAGGGAAAUAACAGAUAUGGGCAGCUGGGCACAGGGGACAAAAUGGACCGAGGGGAACCCACACAGGUACAUUAUCUGCAACGCCCCAUCGCCCUGUGGUGUGGCCUCAACCAUUCCCUGGUGCUGAGCCAGGGCUCAGACUUCAGCAAGGAGCUGCUGGGCUGUGGCUGUGGGGCCGGAGGCCGCCUCCCUGGCUGGCCUAAGGGGAGUGCCUCCUUCGUCAAGCUCCACGUCAAGGUCCCUCUGUGUGCCUGCUCCCUCUGCUCUACCAGAGAGUGCCUCUACAUGCUGUCCAGCCAUGACAUUGGGCACCAGCCUGCCUACCGGGACCUACCAGCCAGCAGGGUGCUGGGGACCGCCGAGCCCAGCCUGGGGGCCGGAGCACCCCAGGACCCUGGGGGCGCGGCCCGGGCCUGUGAGGAGUACCUCAGCCAGAUCCACAGUUGCCCCACGUUGCAGGACCGCAUGGAGAAGAUGAAGGAGAUCGUGGGCUGGAUGCCCCUGAUGGCUGCACAGAAGGAUUUCUUCUGGGAGGCCCUGGACAUGCUGCAGAGGGCUGCCGGAGGGGUUGGCCAAGGCCCCCCGACCCCCGAGAGCUGACCACCCGCCUCCUAGUCUCACCCCUGGAGGGAGAGUCCGGCCCUGGGCCAGGGGCGAAGGAGAGGUGGAGCGGGGGACAGUGUGUGCGCGUGGGGAGGGGACGCGGGGGGUGGGGCCUGCUAGCCACGCCAGGGUGGGCAGGGAACUGUUUUGUAAAAUGUUCAGGGGCUGCCCAGGAGGGGCCCCCAACCUGACUAUCAUGGACAAAAGAUUUGAUGGACAAAUAGAAUAAAAGGCUGAAGCAAGGCCCGGUUUGGAAGCCUGGGGCCUGGGAGGAACACGGGGCAGGGGGUGGCAGAUCUGCCACGCCGGGCUCGGUGGACGAGGAAGGGCAGGACCGUGGACAGGCAGGCGGGCGGAACAGAUGCAGCAGCUUGAGCCGUCAGUUGCUACAGAACCGCCAGCACCUGGAUCCUUCAGCUUCCUUUCCCCUCCAAGCCAAGCCCGAGACCCGACGCCCCACCCUCUGGGACGAGACCUGGUUCCCCGCCUCACCCCACCCCCGCCUCCGUGGGUCCUCCACCCACCAGACGCAAGAAGCCGCUGCCUUCUGACCAGAAAGCUUCCUACCCACCUCCCUUCUUCUCUAUGAAGUCAACCCCCUGCUCUCUCCUCCUCCUAUUUACCUUCCAGUCCAGAUCUAAUCUUUCUCUCUCUCUCUCUUUUUUUUUUUUUUUUGUCUUUUUGCCAUUUCUUGGGCCACUCCUGCAACACAUGGAGGUUCCCAGGCUAGGGGUCUAAUCAGAGCUAUAGCUGCUGGCCUAUGCCAGAGCCACAGCAAUGCGGGAUCCGAGCCAUGUCUGCAAUCCUUAACCCACUGAGCAAGGCCAGGGAUCAAACCCACAACGUCAUGGUUCCUAGUCGGAUUUGCUAACCACUGAGCCACGACGGGAACUCCUUACUUCCUUUCCACUCCAUCCUCCUCUUCAUCAACAGGGAACACACACCUUUUAUUUAUGUACUAAGGCUCCGUGCCCCACACCCACACCUCCAAAUGUUUGGGAGAGAAGAAGGGUGAGCAGAAGUCUCUCUCUGUGGAGCAGACAGUAGAAAUUUGAAGUGGAAAAUAAACUGGAGCUGGGGGUGGUCAGGAAGAGGGUAAGUAAUUAGAGGUUGGGUGUCCAGGGAAGGGCUUCCUCUGGGUACUGAGAAGUGGGAAUGGGGAGAAUCAUGGGUGGGCUGGAGAGUCCUUGGGAAAGACCAGAGGCUGAGUUGGAAGGAUGCUUGGGCACUGGACAGAGCGGGCUUCCAGAUGACAUUUCUGGAUUGCCUGGCCGAGGCCGAGAGCCUGAUGCUCCCUCUGCCCUUUGUUGCUCCACCCCCUCCUAGGUCAGUAUUUACGUGUCCUGGACCUAGAGAGGCCCCUGGACUCGCCACUGUCCCGGCUCUACGCUCCCCGUCCCGCCUUCCCCGCCGCCCGCCCCACUGGCCAGUCCCCACGCCCACACGCCCGAGGCUGCCUCAUCUGGCACUGAUUAUCCCUGCCGCUGCCGCUGCCGCUGCUCAACUCAGCUGCUGCCUCUGUCUUGAGGACCCCAGCGCCUCUCCCCCCCGACCAUGCUGCCUGCUGCCACCGCCUCCCUCUUGGGGCCCCUCCUCACUGCCUGGGCUCUGCUGCCUUUUGCCCAGGGCCAGACCCCCAACUACACCAGACCUGUGUUCCUGUGUGGAGGGGAUGUGACCGGGGAGUCGGGUUACCUGGCAAGUGAGGGUUUCCCUAACCUCUACCCCCCCAAUAAGGAGUGCAUCUGGACAAUAACGGUCCCUGAGAGCCAGACUGUGUCCCUCUCCUUCCGAGUCUUUGACCUGGAGCUGCACCCCUCCUGCCGGUACGAUGCUCUGGAGGUCUUUGCCGGGUCUGGAACCUCGGGUCAGCGGCUCGGACGCUUCUGCGGAACCUUCCGGCCGGCGCCCUUAGUCGCCCCUGGCAACCAGGUGACCCUGAGGAUGACAUCGGACGAGGGCACGGGAGGACGAGGCUUCCUGCUCUGGUACAGCGGGCGGGCCACCUCCGGCACUGGCCCCCCCCAGGCGCAAGGCGGAAAUGGGUCACCGACCCGCGGGUGGAAUGGGCGGCCUGGGGUUACUGGGACGAGCACCAAUUUUGCGGGGGGCGGCUGGAGAAGGCCCAGGGAACCCUGACCACGCCCAACUGGCCCGAGUCCGAUUACCCCCCGGGCAUCAGCUGUUCCUGGCACAUCAUCGCGCCCCCGGACCAGGUGAUCUCACUGACCUUCGGGAAGUUUGAUCUGGAGCCCGACUCCUACUGCCGCUACGACUCGGUCAGCGUGUUCAACGGAGCCGUGAGCGACGACGCCAAGCGACUGGGGAAGUUCUGCGGCGACAAGGCCCCAGGCCCCAUCUCCUCCGAAGGGAACGAGCUCCUCGUCCAAUUCGUCUCGGACCUCAGCGUCACGGCCGACGGCUUCUCGGCCUCCUACAGGACCCUGCCGCGGGGCGCCACCGAGAAAGCGCCAGCCCAGAGCCCGGGGGAGGACGCCCGGCCAAGUCCCCCGCUCCUCGGCCCAGGCCCCAAGCCCGGAGCCGGGCCCAAAGUCAAGCCUGAACUCCCACCUGAGGAGAAACCGAAGGCCGCGCCCAAGGCGGAGGCAACUCCGGCGGGCUCCGAUGGACCCAGUGUCCCCUGCCCAAAGCAGUGCCGAAGGACAGGCACGUUGCAGAGCAACUUCUGUAACAGCAACCUGGUGGUGACGGCAACAGUGAAGUCCAUGGUUCGGGGCCCUGGGGAGGGCCUCACAGUCACCGUCAGUCUCAUUGGUGUUUACAAAACCGGAGGCCUGGACCUGCCCUCUCCACCCACUGACACUUCCCUGAAGUUUUAUGCACCCUGCAAGCAGUGUCCCCCCAUGAAGAAAGGAACCAGUUAUCUGAUGAUGGGCCAGGUGGACGAGAACAGAGGUCCCAUCCUUCCUCCAGAGAGCUUCGUGGUUCUCUACCGGCCCAACCAGGACCAGAUCCUCACCAACCUCGCCAAGAGGAGGUGCCCUUCCCAGCCUGUUCAGGCUGCUGAGUCCCAGGCCUGAGCCCUAGGCACCCCUUUCUUAUCCAAAUAAAUGUUUCUUGACUGAA